AUUAGAUGGUUUUCUUUGUAUUUUUUUCUCAUUUUCAUUCCUCUAAGCUUGUAAACAUUCCCUCUUUGAGGCAAGUUUGUCUCAAAGAAAGCGCACUCUCUGGUGAAGCCUCUACUGGACGCACCAUCUUAGCUCUCGGACCUAAAUAAGCUCAUUUAUUAGUGACCCGCGCGCAAAAGCGUAGAACACACACAAGUAGAAUGAAGACGUCGGUAGCGCUCACCGUCGCAGUGGUUUUAUUCGGGGUGUUCACUGAAGUGACCGCCCGCCUGUUCACAACGGACUCCGCGUGCCACCGCCUACGCACAAAAGUGAAGGAGAAAGUACGCAGGCGCUGCAUCUACCUGUGUCACAUGCCUGAAGGGUACAUUAUGAUGGCACCUGAGGAAGACGGUACCCCUUGCAAGCGUUUAGUACACGAAGGUGUCUGCUUGCGAGGUCGUUGCCGCAGGCAGAGACCGCGAAAUGGAGGCCCCUCUACUAACCACGGUUCUGACAAUGAGCCAGUUCCUGAUUCGACGACGGCGAUCUUCCGUAACGAGUGACGACAAAUAUUUGAACAGUUCUCAUCACACCCUAUUGUCAUUUGACGACAUGCAUGCACUGAAUUCUGCCAGUUGUAAUGAGAGUACGUGUGACUGCAUAAUUUACUGCAUUGAAGUGAUCACUUCGUUAAAUACUAUUGACAAAGAUACGUUUACAGAUAUGGACACUGCUAGAAACGCAUGAAACUAUAGCCAGGGUGAAGCACAAGCAACCAAGAGAAGGAGGCUCAAUUCUAUAAUUUUUUGGUAUUGUGCAAAGCAAGCAGCUGCAAAACAUGCCUGACGAACAUGAUGAACGCUUGUCAGAACGAGAAUUUACAAUUCUGAGCCUUCGAGGAGACAUAUAAACAGCUGCGACAUGUGGUCAUGUUCCUCCAGUAAGUUAAGGCACCAGACAAAACAAAAACUGAAGAAAAAAACCUACGGAUGUGUGAGUUUCCUACUGUGUUGAUUUUGAGAAUUACUGACAGCAUCAAAAUAAUUUUUUUCUCGUUUUCUUGUCCUCUUUGCUGUGGUGAGUCAAAAUAAAUUUUUACGCCCACAUUCACUUUCAGUUCAAGGAGUGGAGGCGACGUCUAGUGCGCCUCUAGCUCCCGCCUGUUUUACUUGCCCUUCAUGUCCAGGAGUUUGAUAUUAUAAUUAUACGCACUAUCAGUAUAUAAUUAAUUCUAGGGAUGUUCCAAUAACGAAAAGUGCAUAUUAGUUACGAGUUAAGGCUUGCAGGUCUUCAUCCACCUUUUUCCAUCUGUCAAGCUACCAGAACAUAGCAAAAUUAGGUCUCGUGCGCUCUCAGUGUUGUCAUAAUAUAGAGAAGGCCUCUCCAGACUGAUGGCAGUGGCACGGGUGCUUCUUUCAGUGUUUCAACUUCUACGUGAACCCUUCGGUAAGAGCCAUAGCAAAGCGCACCCUGUUGAAACCAUGGAUUACCAUGCGCAGUUGUUCUUCCGGCGUGUGUUCAAACUGCUUAACAGGGUGGUAAUUUGGGCGAGUGGGAACUGUUCAGUCAGGAUUGCAAAUAGCGCACUACGCGAACAAGGGAUAGAAGCAACACGGUAUCGCUGUUUCCUUCGUGUUUUUUUUUUUUUACCGUGUUUGGCUUUAGUGCGCUAUUCGCCAUCAUG